AUGCCGGAACUGAGGCUUCUCCUCUUAGGCAAAAGUGGUGCAGGAAAAAGUGCCACAGGAAACACUAUUCUGGGCAAAGCUGCAUUCGUGUCCAAAUUCAGUGACCAGAUGGUGACUAAAACAUGCCAGAGAGAGAGUGGGUUCACAAAAGAGAGAAGGGUUGUGGUCAUUGACACCCCUGACCUUUUCUCCUCAAAGUCUUGUGCCAAAGACAAGCAACGUAACAUUGAACACUGCUUCGAGCUCUCUGCUCCCAGCCUCCACGUCCUGCUUCUGGUAAUCCCCAUCAGCUUUUAUAAGGUCGAGGACAUAGAGACAGUCAAGGGGAUCCAGGAGGUGUUUGGAGCUAACUCCAGGAGGCACAUCAUUAUUGUCUUCACUCGGAAGGAUGAUUUGGAGAAUGACUCACUGAAAGAUUGCAUUGAAGAUGAGAACUCCCUUAGGGAGUUGGUUGAAAACUGUGGAGGCCGAUACUGCGCUUUUAACAACAAGGCAAGUGAAGAUGAGCGGGAUGUCCAGGUGAGAGAGCUCCUCUGCAUGGUCCAGCGUUUGGUGGAUGAAAACGGAAGACCAUAUAUCGUGAAUCUCAGAAAUGAAGGCAGUGGAUUCCUGGAUCAUGUGAAUGAAGCCACAUCUCAGAAGGGGGACAAUCCACAUGGGCCAGGGGAGAAGCAGCUGCAGGCCACAGGAUGUGAACCGAGCCCUGAGUUGUUGGAACUGAGGAUCCUGCUUGUGGGGAAGCGUGGAGCUGGAAAAAGUGCCGCUGGGAACAGCCUUCUGGGGAAGGGAGUCUUUGAGACCAAAUUCAGUGAAAAGUCGGUAACCCAGAUGUUUGCGUCUGUGAGCAGAAUCUGGAGAGGGAGGAAAAUUUGGGUCAUUGAUACUCCGGACAUUGCAUCUUCAAAGGACAUUAAAGCUGAGCUUCAGAGACAUGCCCCUCAAGGCCUCCAUGCCUUCCUGCUGGUGACCCCUCUGGGCUCUUUCACCAAGACGGAUGAGGCUGUGCUGGACACCAUCCGAAGCAUUUUUGGAGAGAAAUUCAUUGAGUACAUGAUCGUCCUCCUCACCAGGAAGGAAGAUCUAGGGGACCAGGAUCUAGAGAUGUUCUUGAAAAGCAAUAAUGAAGCUCUCUACCAGCUCAUUAAGAAAUGCAAAGACCGGUACAGCGCCUUCAACUACAGACUGACGGGGGCAGAGGAGCAGUGCCAGGUGGACGAGCUCCUACAAAAGAUCAUGGACCUGGUGCUGCAGAACCGGGCCAAGCCAUGCAUCAUCAGCCAGGAAGACACGCUGAGCAUUGUCAUCGUGGGGGGCAGCGGCACCGGGAAGAGCGCCACGGGGAACACCAUCCUUGGGAGGCGUGACUUCCUCGACCAGCUCCGAGCACAGCUGAUCACCAGGAAGAGCCAGAGCAGCAGGAGGAUGUGGAAAGGGUGGAGGGUUGUGGUUGUGGACAGUCCCUUGCUCUGCCUGACGACCAGCACUGAGAGGUGUCCAUCUGGGCUGGAGGAGGAGGUCAAACACUGUUUGUCCUGCUGUGAGGGAGGGAACAUAGUUCUGGUCCUGGUGUUCCAGCUGGGACGCUUCACUGAGGAGGACAAAAAGGCAGUGAAGAAUCUAGAGACCAUCUUUGGGGAGGACGUUUUGAAGUACACGAUUGUGCUGUUCACUCGGAAGGAAGACCUAGAAGGGGGGGACCUCAAAGUUUACCUCCAGGAUACAGAUAACAAAGCUCUUAAGAACAUAACUAAGAGGUGUGAGGAGCGAGUGUGUGCUUUUAAUAACAAAGAAACUGGCCAAGCCAGGGAAAACCAGGCAAGUCUUCUUUUGACAAUGGCCGUCGAUCUGAUAAAGAGCCACAGAGGGCAUGGUUACCCCCAUGAAUGGGAGAAUGUCAACAAAAUCAUUAGAAAUAACCAGGAAAAGGACAAGCCCAAAAGCUUCCUGAAAAUUUUAAAAAGAUAUAGUAUCAUCAGUAACUGA